AUGUCAGCUUCCAUCGCCGAAGACUUGAGAAUCGACAGGCUUUAUGGUGUGGAAGGUAAAGUCGCGGUGGUAACUGGCGGAGGGUCGGGCAUUGGGACGAUGAUCGCUUCCGCGUUCGUGCAGAACGGGGCCAAGGUCUACAUCGCCGCACGCAAGGAGAAGCAACUGCAGGAGGUGUGCAGUGCUCUUAACGAGAAGGGCCCGGGCAGCUGUCAUUACUUCAUAGCGGAUUUGACGACGAAGGCAGGUUGUGACAGUCUGGUUGCAGCUAUCAAGGAGAGGGAAUCCAAGAUUCACAUCCUCGUUAACAACUCCGGCAUCAGCUGGGGAGCACCAUAUGACAGUUUUCCCGAGAAGGAGGGCUGGGAUCGACUUAUGGCGUUGAACGUCAAGAGUGUAUUCUACAUGACCGUUGGGCUCACUGAUCUUCUUGCGAAAGGUUCGACGAAUGUAGACCCAGGGCGCGUUAUUAACGUCUCGUCCGUUGCCUCACUUAUCGCUACUUCAACGGAAACGUCCCUCGCUGCCAAGGGCUCGGGUCUAUGGAGCUAUGCUACAAGCAAAGCUGCUGUGAAUCAUCUGACAUCGCAGCUGGCUGUAACUCUGCUCCCGAAGCGCAUAACAGUGAACGCGAUCCUUCCAGGGACGUUCCCCUCCAAGAUGACUGCGUAUGGGUUCAAGACCAAAGGCGAUAGCCUCGAUUCGAAUAACCCAAUGGGUCGUGUUGGUCACCCUAGAGACAUCGCAGGAAUUGUGCUCUUCCUGGCUAGCCCUGCAUCUGCGUACAUCACCGGUGCACAUAUCACUGUCGACGGUGGAUCCGUGGUCUCCCGACAGAAGGCUGCUCUGUGA